GGUUGUCAAAAUCAAAAGGAGUUUUGAGUAAAAAGGAGUGGGAAAAAAAAGAGAGGCACACUAUUGGCAACAGAUAAAAAAAAACGGUGCAUGCUAGGCAGUAGGCAUACACGCUGAAUCAUCAACAAUGUCAGAAGAAAUACUAGAUAGACAAACAUAUGUGAAUAGCAGAAGUUUGGAUUUUCUCUUGCAGGAGCUAAUCCCCACCUCAAUUCGAGUAUCCCACAAACUUAUGAAUUCCCAACAAUCAUCAGUAGAAGAACAAGACGUACCGACAACUAUAGAUCAACAAUUAUCUUCCAUAGAAGGAGAUUUACCUGGAACUGUAAAUGUACUUGAUUCAUCAUUAAUACACAACGAUGAAGUCACAAUUAGAGUAGAAAACUAUGGUUAUAACUUGGGGGUCAAAAUUGCCGAGGUGUUACUAUAUAGAGCUGGUGGGAAUAAAAUCGUGGAUAUUUUGGAUAUUAUGAAGUUCGUAUGUCGUGAUGUUUGGAAAUGCCUUUACAACAAACAAAUGGACAAUUUACGUACUAAUCACAGAGGUACGUUUGUGCUAGUUGAUACUAAUUACAAGUUGAUUAGUGCCUUGAAUAGUCCCCAUGGUAUGCAAGACACUUUAUCUAAGGCAAAAGUGUAUAUGUGGUUCCCAUGUGGUGUUAUCAGAGGUAUAUUACUGAAUUUUGGCAUUGAGGCAAAUGUAACCGCAGAAAUAACCCAAUUUCCUUCUGUAACAUUUAACAUUCACACGGCAAUAAACAAUUGAGCUUGUAUAGUCUAUAGCAAAAUACACAACAAAAACAUUUUUGUAUGGCAUUCCAUAUUGGCUGUC